ACACUAGACAUCAGUGGUUUCACAUAGAGAAACAAGAACUCCAAAAUACGAAGCAGCGAAAUGCUUCAACUAGCUUGUGAAGAAGGUGUCAGAAGGCCUGGACUGUGGAAAGAGAUUUCUUUUGGGGAUUAUAUAUGUCACACAUUUCAGGGAGACUGCUGGGCUGAUCGAUCCCCGCUCCACGAGGCUGCAGCCCAGGGGCGCCUACUGGCUCUUAAAACUUUAAUUGCACAAGGCAUCAAUGUGAACCUUGUAACAAUCAACCUGGUCUCCUCUCUCCAUGAGGCAUGCCUUGGGGGUCAUGUGGCCUGUGCUAAGGCCUUGCUGGAAAAUGGUGCACAUGUCAAUGCACUGACUGUUCAUGGGGCCACUCCCCUCUUCAAUGCUUGCUGCAGUGGCAGUGCUGCAUGUGUCAAUGUGCUGUUGGAGUUUGGAGCCAAGGCCCAGCUUGAGGUCUACCUGGCUUCACCUAUUCACGAAGCAGCGAAGAGAGGUCACAGAGAGUGCAUGGAGAUUCUGCUGGCAAAUAACGUUAACAUUGAGCAAGAUAUUCCUCAGCUGGGAACUCCUCUGUAUGUGGCCUGUACAUACCAGAGAGUUGAUUGUGUGAAGAAGCUUCUAGAACUAGGAGCAAGUGUUGACCAUGGCCGGUGGCUGGAUACCCCACUGCAUGCUGCAGCGAGGCAGUCCAGUGUGGAGGUCAUCAAUCUGCUCACUGAGUAUGGGGCUAACCUGAAACUCAGAAAUGCGCAGGGCAAAAGUGCCCUUGAGCUUGCUGCUCCCAAGAGUAGUGUGGAGCAGGCGCUCUUGCUCCACGAAGGUCCACCUGCUCUUUCUCAGCUCUGCCGCCUGUGUGUCCGGAAAUGCUUGGGCCGAACAUGUCAUCAAGCCAUCUACGCACUAGGUCUGCCAGAACCGCUGGAAAAAUUCCUCUUAUACCAAUAGUUAGAGACAUGUAGGCUGUUGCCUGCUGUAGGACACUUAGUAUGCACGUUAGGUAGCUUGACCUAUUAUCCUAAAAGUCUGCGUACCCAGUUAGAAUAAAGCUUCCAUAAAUCCAGACACUUGCCAUGAACAAGCUCCUGGUUUAUUUUAAUGAUUGCCAAGAGGUUAGUUUUUAACUCUUGUUGAUCAAUUUAAAAUGAAACUGAAAUAGAGGGAAAAUAAUAGUCUGGUGUUGGAUGAUUCAGGACCCUCCAGUACCUGGCACUGGGGUCAGCAUUCUGAAUAAUGAAUACACACAGGUAGAUAAGAUUAAAUUAAACUACUUAAGGAACCUUCUCAAUUCACUCCUUUUCCAAUAAGUUUUGUUAGUUUACUGUUUUCUUAAAAUAAAUUUCUGCAGUGAUUUUGAUUUCUUUUAAUUUUUAAAAAUAUAUCAGUAACUUAGUAGGGCUGGAGAAAUGGCUCAGCAGUUAAGAGCGUUUGCUGCUCUUGCUGAAGACUGCUUGGUUUGGUUCCCAGAACUCUUGUGGCAGCUCACAACCAUCUGAUGCCCUCUUCUGGCUGCUACAGGUACUA